AUGGCUCAGGACGCUUUGCAAGAACCCAUCACGAUGACCAGCCGCUUGCCCGGCGACGCCCACUCCUCCCCAUCGCCUUCGCCCUCCCCUGAACCUGUCGCAGGCCCAUCGACCGCCACGCACACCGUGCAGCCUGCUGCGGGUCCAGCCAGAACCGUCAUUCUCACCUCUGUCUCGCCCGUCGACCCUUCGAAGCGACGAGACUUUGAGGCCCGCUUCUACCUCCCUUCCUCCUCGACCCAUGCGACCGCGACGACCCGCUUCCUCGAUCUCCCCGAGUCGUACUUCCAGCCGACGCAAGUCGAGUUGCAACAGGCGUUUGCCGGGCAGGUCAAGAAGCGGGAAGACAUGACGGACAAGCCAUUGAUGACCAAGGCAUUGCGCGAGAGGGAGGAAGCGGCAAAGAACAGAGCCAAGGCGGCGAGGUGGCCUCAUACCCGCAUUCGCAUCCGUUUCCCCGACCGUUCGCAACUCGAAGGCGUCUUUCCCUCGACCGACAAGCUCGUCCACCUGUACGAGUUCGUCCGCCUUGCGCUGCGAGAAGAUGUGCGGGACAUUCAGUUCGUUCUCUAUCAAACGCCCCCUCGAACCGAGUACCGGCGCGGCGACCCCGCCUACAAGGGCAAGAACCUGAUGGACCUGCAGUUCACUCCCUCGACCGCUCUCUACAUCAAGUUUGAAGCGCCUUCUCCCCCUUCCGCCACCUCCGCAAUUCCUUCCGGCAUCUCCAUCGACGACCUCAACGCGACAACGUCACUUCCUCCGCCUCUCACGCCCGACCUCCUCGCCGCAGGAGGCGAACUCCCCCUCCCUCCGUCGUUCCUGCCCGGCGACGAGUCCCCUUCAGGAGCUCCAUCAGGCGAGAGCGAGGAGGCACGGAAGAAGCGGGAGAAGGAGGAGAAGAUGAAGCGCUUGCUCGGGAAAGGACUAGGGAUGGGCGGGUCGAAAGGGUCGGUCAAGCCGUCGUGGCUCAAGAUUGGCAAGGAUGCUCAUAAGUAG